AUGCUGUCUGCAGCCCAGUUACUCGAUGAGUUAAUGGGCCGAGACAGAAAUCUGGCCCCUGAUGAGAAGCGGUCUAAUGUGCGAUGGGACGAUGAGUGUGUCUGUCGAUACUAUCUAUGCGGCUUUUGUCCAGCUGAGCUUUUUACAAACACACGCUCUGAUUUGGGACCUUGUGAAAAAAUCCAUGAUGAAAAUCUAAGAAAACUAUAUGAGAAAAGCUCUCGGUUUAUGAAGGAAGGCUAUGAGCGAGACUUCCUGCGGUAUCUACAGUCCCUCCUUGCAGAAGUAGAACGGCGGAUUCGAAGAGGACAUGCUCGUCUUGCACUUUCCCAAGCUCAACAAAAUGCGGGGGGCCCAGGUCCAUCUGGAAAGAAUGAAGAGAAAGUUCAAGUUCUUACAGAGAAAAUAGAAGACCUCGUUGUACAGAUUGAGGAACUGGGUUCAGAAGGACGUGUUGAGGAGGCUCAGGGAAUGAUGAAGCUUGUGGAGCAGCUGAAAGAGGAGAGGGAGCUGUUAAGCUCCACCCCCUCGACCAUAGAGAGUUUUGCUGCUCAGGAGAAGCAGAUGGAGGUGUGUGAGGUGUGUGGGGCCUUCCUCAUCGUGGGUGACGCACAAUCCCGAGUGGAUGACCACUUAAUGGGCAAACAGCAUAUGGGCUACGCUAAGAUCAAAUCUACCGUAGAGGAGCUAAAGGAAAAACUCCGUCGCCGCUCUGAGGAUCCUCAAGUUGAAAGCCCUGCUCUCAAACGGGACAGAGAAGAGCGAGAGCGCGAGAGGGAGGAGAGAGAGAAGAAGCGCAAAGAGGAGGAAGAGAAGGAGAAGGAACUGGAAAAGGAGAAGGAACGUGAGCGGGAGAGAGAGCGAGACAGAGAGCGGGAGCGUGAGAGGGAGCGGGACAGAGAACGAGAGCGGGACCGGGAGAGGAGGGCGAGGCGAAGCCACUCCAACAGCCGGCACUCCAGCCGGGCGUCUGAAAAGAAACGCAGCAGAUCCCGUGACCGCCGGAGGUCAAGGAGCAGAGACCGGGAUAGGGAACGCAAGCGCAGCAGGAGCCGCGACAGAGAGAGGAGGCGCAGUCGUGAGCGCUCCGACAGAAAACGUCGCUCCCGAAGCCGCGACAGGAGGAGGUCUCGCAGCACAGAGCGAAAGUCUCACCGUCACCGCAGCCGAAGUCGCUCCCGCAGCAGGGACAGAGAAAGAGACAGGGACAAGGAUAGAGAAAGAACCCGAGACAAAGGGAGGGAGAAAGACAAAGAACGGUCACCAAAAGAAAAAGACCGUAAGGCGACAGAGGAGAAGAGCAGCUCUAAAAAAGAAAGCGAUUCAGCCACCAUUAAGGCUUCGUCAGAGCCGGAACCGAUGCAGACCGAGGCUGCCGCCUCCUCCCCUCUGCUUAACGGCCAGCAAGAGCUCCUCCAAUCUGAAGGUGACACUCAGUCCAAUUAAAACUGAUCUGAUAGGACCUCAGAUCAGGCUCAGGGGAAGCUGGAAUAUCUUGUGGAGGAAGAAGCAGAAGAGCGCACCCAUCUUUACUCUGAACCUGACUACGCUGCUUAAAAACAAGGUGAACCACAAAUGUGUAGGGAUCGUUUAAAAACAAACAAAACAUGUAUAUAUCCAAACGAGGAGAGAAGGUUAUUUGAUUUUUGUUGCUCUGGAAUUGGCUGGAUAAAGGCAGUUGUGGUUCAUCUGAUAGAAACUUAGAAAAAAGUUCUCAUUGGGCUUUUUUUCCUUCUGUUAAUCUUUACACAUCCCCUGUUUCUUGGCAUCUAGUGAAAAUACAAUAAAAAUCAGUGCUCGUGGUUUGUAUUCAUAAUCAGGUUCUUCUCCUGCCUUUUUUUUUUUUUUUUUUAAGAGCUUAAAUUAAAAGCGUUUGUAUUAUGUAAGGACCUUGGUAGGGAGUUUUAUGUUUUCUCCUCCACUUAGAGCUCACAUUUCAUGCUCUUGUCCCAUAAAUGUAAAAUAUACUGAUUUAAUUUUGAUCUGAAGCUUUUCAUAAUUUGAGAUUUGUUUAUUUUUUUUUGCCUUGCUUUUAAUGUACAUGUCAUGAUUAAUUAAAAA